UUUCUCUCUGCUAACACAUGCACAUAGCUGGCUCAGUUUCGUUGUUACUAGGUGUACAGCACGUACACGUAUAUACUAUCGUUAUUGUAAUAGAGUAGAAAAGAUAAAAGGCUCUUGUGUAAGUGGUCUUUUGCAUCAUUUUGCAUUUUGUCAGAUUUGGGCCUCUUGGACAGACAGUGGACUGACAAAGAUUAUUGUGCUCUUGUGGUGUAAUUACUAUAACACAGAUUACGUGAUUAUUAUAAUUUCCAUUCAUAAUUAUCGACGAGGUUAUUCUGUGUAAUUAUGCAUGUUGAAGCAUCCUUCAGAAGCUGAUAUUGCUUAUGGAUAUGGAUAUUGAUAAUCAGAGUGAGGACGGAGAAAUAAAGAAAAGUCCUUUGAAGGAUAUGGACGAUUUCAGUUUUUCAGAGGAAGAUGGAGGUGAUACAGCCGACUCCUUGGACAUAAAACCCCCACAGGCUGUUGUUCAUCAUCACAAGUCUACCUCGUCUAGAAGAAGGGAGAAACACAGUGACAGGAGAGAUCGUAGAGAAGAGAAGGAAAGAAAGUCGAGGCAUCAUGAUCGUGGAGAGGACAGGCACAGGGAGAAACACAGACACCGGAGACACUCAGAUAUUCUAGAGAGGUCAGAUCGACCGGAAGGGUCAUCUAAAAGAGAGAGAGAAACAAUUGAGAGACUGGAGAGGAUGGAGGGUCAUAGGGAAAGGGAACCUAGAUACGAAAGGAAAGUAAGAAGUACAGGAGAUCGGGUUUUGGAAGAUUUAAGAGAAAGGUUGCUGGAUAAGAGGAGAGAGAGGCGAGAGGAUUCGCGGGAUAUGCGGGAUUACAAGGCAGAAGCUCGACGCGAGAUUCGGAUCGAGGAUUCUCGGGAAAUUCGUGAACCACGGGAUCGUAGAGAAAUACGAUUAGAAGAUAUGCGUGAACGACGCGAGAUUCGCAGCCUGGACAGUAGCAGAGAGCGGCGUGAUAUACGGAUGGAAGAACACAGGCACAUGAGAGCGAUGGAGGAACAGUACUCCGAAACGGAAUUGAUAGAGCCACCGGAGAAACGUCACAAGAGAUCGCAUAAACACGAUCGCCUUCGCGAGAGGGACAGAGAGAAAGCAGAACGUGAGAAGGUGCAUAGGGAGAAACAGUUACGCGAGGCGAUGGAGAUCGUCACGGACGAGCCAGAUGAGAUAGAAAUGAACGAGAUGCCUAUACAGCCGAAGGAUCCGAAGGAAAUGACCGAACAGGAACUCAGAAAAGAACGAUUAUUGGAAGCUGACAGGGAAAUGGCUAGGAGAAAAGAAGUCUCUCGACUGGAGUUGGAAGCGCGGAGAAUGAAGAGAGGAGAGAAACGGCCGCUGAGUCCGGACAAUAAUCAGGAUCCAUCCAUCGUUGAAUUAUCUGACGAGAGUCCGAGUCCGGUUCAUUCCGACGAACUUCGUUCCAAAUCUAACGAGUCCAGGCAUUCAUCUGAUGGUCCACAGAGCAUACGCGAAAGAUCAUCUGAUAGACAUUCCUCCGACUCAUCGGAAUCUAGUAGCGACGAUGACGACGAGUCGAAUGAAUCGAACAAAGGUUCCAAUGCCGAUUCUAACGACGGUUCAGAUUAUAAUAAUCCGAGUCCUCUGUCCGUCGAUCGGUUAGCGAAGUCGGAUCAUUCGGAUGGAGAGUCGCCCGGGCACGUUGACUCGAACGGUGCACCCAAGAAUGUAGAAGAGGAAGAGGAAGAAAAGAAAGAGGAAGAGGAGCCUGAAUUACCUCCUUACCUACCAGCGAUUCAAGGCUGUAGAAGCGUGGAGGAAUUUCAAUGUUUAAAUCGUAUUGAGGAGGGUACAUACGGAGUAGUGUACAGAGCGCGUGACAAACGAACUGAUGAAAUCGUCGCGUUGAAGCGAUUGAAAAUGGAACAAGAGAAAGAAGGUUUUCCGAUCACCAGUCUGAGGGAAAUAAACACUUUGUUGAAAGCUCAGCAUCCGAAUAUUGUCACCGUUCGAGAAAUAGUCGUUGGUAGCAAUAUGGAUAAAAUAUUUAUCGUGAUGGACUACGUGGAGCAUGACUUAAAAUCAUUGAUAGAAACGAUGAAGCGGAAGAAGCAAGUUUUUAUACCAGGAGAAGUAAAGUGUCUCAUGCAACAAUUGUUACGAGCGGUCGCACAUUUGCACGAUAAUUGGAUACUUCAUCGAGACUUGAAAACAUCGAAUUUGUUAUUAAGUCAUCAAGGCAUUUUGAAAGUUGGCGAUUUUGGUUUAGCUCGGGAGUACGGUUCCCCGUUGAGACAAUAUACUCCAAUUGUUGUGACGCGUUGGUACAGAGCUCCUGAAUUGUUACUGAAAGGGAAAGAGUACAGCACUCCUGUUGAUAUGUGGUCCGUUGGAUGCAUUUUCGCGGAAUUGUUAAGAAUGGAGGCACUGUUCCCAGGUAAAUCUGAGAUCGAUCAACUUAAUAGGAUAUUCAAGGAAUUGGGUACGCCAAACGAUCGAAUAUGGCCGGGAUACAGUAAACUGCCGAUGGUACAGAAGAUUCCGUUCGCUCAUUAUCCAGUAAACAAUUUAAGACAGCGUUUCAGCUUAUCCUUGUCGGAUUUAGGCAUCGAGCUACUGAACAAGUUUCUCACGUACGAUCCUCAGCAGCGUAUCUCUGCGGAGGACGCGCUGAAACAUGGCUACUUCACAGAAGCACCGCUGCCAAUAGAUCCUCAGAUGUUUCCCACUUGGCCAGCUAAAUCGGAGUUGGGCGUAAGAACCGCGAAUGCUUCGCCGAAACCACCGAGCGGUGGGAAAGAGUACAAACAGUUAGGCGACGGAGACGACGCUGAUUUAAGCAACUCAGGUUUCCAUAUGGGUCUUAUGGAGGGCGGAAGACAACCACCCGUCGGCGGUGGCUUCCACUUGAAAUUUUAAAUAUGUCCAAUUUUUUGUUAAUGUGUAAUUUAGAAAAGAAUAAUAUGACUUUAAAACA